GUUCUUCAACUAGUUCACAUCCGCCUCUUGAUAUUAUCAAUCAUAAAAGCUUGAACUAAUCUUUUCAAUCGGCCACGGUUCAUACUCUGCCCUCGGUGUUGAUCUCCCAACACAGCCUCGAGAAUGGCUGCAGAGGGUUUCCCAGUGCGGGUGCUGCCCGCGAUUGACCCCGCGCACCACUCCUUUAUCGAGCCCGGCAAAAAGAUUCACGAAGGAGGAGAUGUCUCGGACUUCCUAUGCUCCAAGGGCUAUGUUGAUAUCAUGACAUUACUACUUCAGUUGAAUCGCUCGAUGUUUCCGGAGAAACUCUCCGAUGGUAGCGUGCAAACCUGGCCUCUAAACUCCGAUGCUGUCGAAUACUCGGCCCCGGUCCGACAGCUACAGCAAUUGCUUUCGAAACUCGAAGGGAUUAUCGCGGAGGCGCCACCGGACACGGGACCAAGGAGAUUCGGGAAUGUCAGCUUUCGAAAAUGGUACCAGAUUGUUGAGAGUCGAGUCUCGACCCUGCUAGAGGAGUGUUUGUCGUCUGAAAUACUCCAGAAACCGUCCUCAGAUCCAAAUGGCCCGACGGCAGAAGUAGAACUAAAGGCUUACUUUCUGGGAAGUUGGGGAAGUUCUCAACGUCUGGACUAUGGAACGGGGCAUGAACUGAGCUUCCUGGCUUUCCUCGCCGGGAUCUGGAAGCUGGGCGGAUUCCCCAAGAACGCGGCCGGGGUGGAAGAAAGAGCUCUUGUUCUGGGCGUGAUACAGCCGUAUUUGGAACUGGUGCGGACAAUCAUCAAGACCUACACUCUGGAGCCGGCAGGCUCUCACGGGGUGUGGGGGCUAGACGAUCAUUCAUUCAUUCCUUAUAUUUUUGGAUCUGCACAGUUUGCCCCGGCCCUAGGAGAAUCAGACAAGGUGCCGGAUGAGGGUUCUCUGCCCAACGCACCGGAUCCCACUGGGGUGUCCAAGGCAAAUAUUGUCGAACGAGAGCGGAGAGACAACUUGUACUUCUCCGCUGUCGGUUUUAUUUACGAUGUGAAGAAAGGACCCUUCUGGGAACAUAGCCCAAUGCUGUAUGACAUCUCCGGGAUUCGUACUGGCUGGGCCAAAAUCAAUAAGGGGAUGAUUAAAAUGUACAAUGCCGAGGUGCUCUCCAAAUUUCCUGUGGUCCAGCAUUUUCCUUUUGGUUCCCUAUUCAGCUGGGAGCGUGAUCCAAACGCUCUGCCGCCACCGUCCACGGCCCAUAGCUCAUCUGGUCCUCAAGCACGACCACAAGGUUCUGCUGCUCCAGCCCCAACGACACAGCCCUCUGGUGCGGGAACCAAAGCGCCUUGGGUCUCUGCAUCGCAAUCUGUUCCUCAGAGUGGAACUGCUGCGCCGUGGGCAGUCUCACGAGGACCUGGAGUGCCAUCUGCAUCCAGAAACCCACCGACGCUCCCCAAUACAUCGAAUUUACCUCCGGGUCCGAUGACACCGACUCGGGCCCCUUGGGCGAGCUCGCAGCCCCCGACGGCCCCGAGUGGCACUGCCCAAGGGGACGUCGUUACCAAAGCUCCCUGGGCUAAAUGAUGUGGCAAACGCUGCCUCUAUUUCUUGUAUAUAUUCUUCCCGUAUGUGGCGUACGCCUUUGCAUGGAAAUGAACAGAAAAGUAUUAUGACGAGCCUGCAACGCAUUCUUGAAAC